CUGUGACGUGUCCUCAUGGCUCCGCCCUCUCUCAAAAUGGAGUUGUCGGAUUCGGUGCAGAAUGGGCUCCAGUCUCUCGGCGAAGCGUCCGCUGUGGAUCACGCCGCCUUCCCGGCUCUGGUCAACGUCUGCUUUCGCUCUCUGCUCUCUUCCGGUCAGGACGCGGACUUGCUGGACGAGCCCCAACUGAAGCAGGUUGAGAGGGUCCUGCUGAAGCGGGUGCACGCUGCGACCACCACGUUCAUCCUGGAGGCAGUAAGACAAAACGCAGAUGAGUCCACGAUAAGCUCCUGCCUUGAGGAGCUGUCAUUCAGUUCGGAAAGAAUCGAAAUAUUCUAUAGCUGCUAUCAGGAGGAGUGCAACACAAACAUCGUUUUGUAAUUAUUGCCUCGAUCAACUUUUAUGUAUUUAUUUUUUAAUUCACAGAAACACAAAAAGGAGUUAGAAGGAUUAUUAGCAAGCAUUGGAAGGCGACCAGCUCACAUCAAUGACGUGUCAUGGCGCCUCCAAUAUCAAGUGAAGAAUGGACUGGUAGAUAAAGUCAACGAGCCUUUCUACUUAAUAUCACUCAACACCGAGAAUAAAGGUCGUUCCGAGGACAUCAACUUUACCUGCAGUAUGGAGCAGUUACAGGACAUGGUUGGCAAGCUGAAGGACGCAGCCAAGAGCGCAGAAAAAGCCAAUUCCUUUUCUCUACUUUAUUCUUCGGAAAAGCGCAAGACCAAAAAGAAACAGCCGACACCGCAGCCAGGCGAGCCCGGCACACAGCUCCUUUUGCUCAUCAUGCAUCGGACGACGAGGAUCAAGAUUACCGAGCUCAACCCUCACCUCAUGUGCGUCCUGUGCGGGGGUUACUUCAUUGACGCCACCACUAUCAUCGAAUGUCUCCACUCAUUUUGCAAAAUGUGCAUCGUCCGUUACCUGGAAACCAGCAAAUAUUGUCCAAUCUGUGACGUGCAAGUGCACAAAACAAAGCCUCUGCUCAACAUUAGGUCUGAUAAAACUCUGCAGGACAUCGUGUAUAAACUGGUCCCGGGCCUGUUUAAAAAUGAAAUGAAGAGGAGAAGAGACUUUUAUGCUGAACACCCUGUGGAAGCUUCUAAUGGCUCCAAUGAAGAUCGAGGCGAGGUGGCAGAUGAGGACAAGAGAAUAAUCACUGAUGAUGAGAUCAUCAGCCUCUCUGUUGAGUUCUUUGACCAGAGUUCCAGACUGACAGGGGGACUUGAAGAAAAGCAUUCAAGCAAAGAUCAGAUGGCGAACAAAAGAUACCUGCAGUGUCCAGCAGCAAUGACCAUCAUGCAUCUGAGGAAAUUCCUCCGAAGCAAAAUGGACAUCCCCAACACUUACCAGGUAGAAGUCAUGUAUGAAGACGAACCCCUGAAAGAUUACUACACUUUAAUGGACAUAGCGUAUAUCUACACUUGGAGAAGGACGGGCCCACUUCCGCUUCAGUACCGAGUCCGACCAAGCUGCAAAAAGCUGAAGGUGAACCACAGCCAGCAAGGGCUCACCAACCGCUCCGGACCGGAGAGCGACUCUGCCAGCGACAAAGCCGGAAGUCCCGCAGGAGCCCCGUCCACGUCCUCCUCCCUUCCGAGCCUUGGCGACCCUGAGCAGUCCCCUCUGCCUCCCCCUCGCGCCAUCCCCGGGAACAACGUGAACGGGACUCCGGCAGUGGCCCCCUCGACCCCCAGCCGCCCUUUCGCACAGAUCGGUGGUACCAACGGCGGCGGAAAGCCCCGGAAAGUUUCGCUGAAUGGCUCAGCGACCUCGUCCGGAUGACGACACCAAGUGGACCGUACCGGACCGGCCAGCCCAGCGCCAGACAGCGUUACCAUGCCAUGAUAGAACCAUUGGAUCAUAGUCUCUUUUGCUCGUCCGCCAGACGUUUUAUGGCAAUGUGUCAUUUCUGUAGUGAGUUUCAAAAGAAAAGGCAAGUUGCGUGGGAGGGAAUGUUAUUCGGAAGUAUUUGGGGGCCGGCGACCAAGUGAAGCAUUUGGAACUUUUGUAAUGCUGGAUCUUUAUUUACAGAGAAGGAAAACAACAACAACAACAAAAAAACAAUCGCCCCAUUUUCAUAAACAAAAGGCGUUGCUUCUGGUGUGUGAAGAUUUUAAAUGCAUGGUCAUGACACCUUUAUAUGUUCUGGAGCUCUCUGCCCACGUUUUAAUUCGUUGUUUUUAGGAGGAAAAUUACACAUUUUAACCGUUCUAGAAGCCACGUAUAAAAAUAUACAGAAUAUAAUUUUCAAUCAACAGUGGUGUUUUUCCGUUGAAAAAAAAAAAAGCAAAAAAAAAAACGCUCCGGUUUCUGGGGCGUUUCAUGCUCAUUGAUGUCACGUCUCCCGCUUUCGUUUCUGUUGAUUUGCUCAUUGUACGGACAACUUAUUGUAUUGUUACUGUUGCACAGUGUAAAACAUCAAAAUAAACAAUUUUUACACGUAA